AUUCGACCUUUUCCGGUUUAAACAUUAACCAUGGCGGUCGGUAAAAAUAAGGGUCUCUCCAAAGGUGGCAAGAAAGGUGGCAAAAAGAAGGUGGUGGAUCCAUUCUCCCGCAAGGAUUGGUACGAUGUCAAGGCACCCAACAUGUUCCAAACCCGACAGAUUGGUAAAACCCUCGUGAAUCGCACCCAAGGCCAAAGAAUCGCUUCCGAUUACUUGAAAGGUCGCGUUUUCGAGGUAUCCCUGGCCGAUUUGCAGAAAGACAUCGAUCCCGAGAGAUCUUUCCGCAAGUUCCGUUUGAUAGCCGAGGAUGUGCAGGAUCGCAAUGUUCUCUGCAAUUUCCAUGGCAUGGAUUUGACCACCGAUAAGUACAGAUCGAUGGUUAAGAAAUGGCAAACUCUGAUUGAAUCGAUUGUUGAGGCCAAGACCAUCGAUGGUUAUCUGCUGCGCGUGUUCUGCAUCGGAUUCACCUCCAAGGAUCAGCAGUCACAGAGGAAGACCUGUUAUGCCCAGCAGUCGCAGGUGCGCAAGAUUCGCGGUCGCAUGACCGAUAUCAUUACGAAUGAGGUGAGCAGCGCCGAUCUGAAGCAGCUGGUCAACAAACUGGCUCUGGAUUCGAUUGCCAAGGACAUCGAGAAGAGCUGCCAGCGCAUCUAUCCACUCCACGAUGUCUACAUCCGCAAGGUCAAGGUCCUCAAGAAGCCCCGCUUCGAUGUCUCCAAACUCCUGGAACUCCACGGCGAUGGAGGUGGCAAGACUACCGAAGCCGUAGUCUCCGCCGAGGGAGCCGUCAUCGAUCGCCCUGAGGGAUAUGAACCUCCCGUACAGGAGGCCGUUUAAAUUGAGACUAAGAGAAUUUUGAAUGCAUCUGUAAAUCUUCAAUUUAUUAUUGCAUUCGAAAGAGACACGAAUGUCUUACAAUAUAAUCAUUAAAUAAAACAAACAAAACUUUAA